UGGUUACCGCCGCACUUGUUGUUGUAGUAGCAUGUUUACAAAAAGAGGAGUUACCUCGGACUCCCCUCGGCUCCCCCUAUUCACGCGCGGAAUCUCAUUGUUGCCCCCCCCCCCCCUCUUGAGGACAUCAUUCAAGCUGGUGUUUUAGGGCAGAAGGGAGGCUCCCGCUUCAUUAGAGCUGUCGCUGGGGGUGCGAGCGAGGGCACCGGGGGUUCUACGUCUUGUGGCCGCCAUUCGGCAGUCGGCGGCGGCGGCGAAACGUUCCCAGGGAGACAAGAUGGCCAGUUUGCUUUGCGCCUGGUUGCUACUCACCUUGACGGCCGUCUCCUUCCAAACUGAUCUGCGGACAUACGAGGAAGAGAUGAACGAAACGGUCAUUUGCACCAACGACCACAUGGAAGCGGUCAUUCCCAGUGCUUUCUUCCUGCACAAAGUCCCCCCCGUCUACGUCUGGGAUUUGCAUCUAAAUGACCCCGAUUGUCGAGGCGCGGAAGUGGGCGACGACUACGUCUUCAGCAUUAAGAGCAAUCUGUCCCACUGCGGGAGCAUCAUGAUGUCGGACGCCACUCACAUCCUGUUCAUCAACACCAUACACAGCAACCACACUGACGUCAUCACCAGGAAUUACAUCAACAUUACGUUUGUGUGCCGCUACCCCAUCGACUACAUGGUGCAGCAGCCCAACGGGGAAAACAUGAUACGCGUGGACGUCAGGACCAUCAUGCUCGGCACGGAGGACGGAAACUUCUCCGUGUCCAUGCUGCUGUACAAGGACGAGGCCUUUGAGGACAAGUGGACCACCGUGCCCUCGCUCACCCUGGACGACGACAUCUUCGUCAAACUGUUCAUGAUUCCGACUCACCUAAUGUUACGCAUGGAGAGAUGCUGGGCCACACCCACCAGGGAUCCCUAUAGCCACAUUCAGUACACCUUCAUUAGGGACAGCUGCCCCGUGUUGACAAACCAGCAGACCCUGAGCGUGCUGAAGAACGGCCAGGGUGCGGAGGCCAUGUUCAGGAUCCAAAUGUUCAAGUUCGUGGGCAGCUCCUACACAAACGUCUUUCUGCACUGCAACGUCCGCAUCUGCCACAACGGCCCCGGCCUGUGCCAGCCCAACUGCUCGGCUGAAGAUGUGUUGAUGAGGACGCGGCGAGACAUCCCGCUUUCCCAAACAGUGUCCUACGGUCCCAUCAGACGACGACCGGACGACAGCGAGAAUCCCCGUUUACGUGGACUCCCGCCGGUGGAGACUUUUAUCCUCGGGGGGCUCCUGGUGGUCCUGCUGCUGCUCACGGGGGCCUUUGGGAGACUGUGGAUUCGUUCCAGACGCUUCUACCCGGCGGCGCGGGAGGCUCAGCUCACCUUGUCCAACAUGCAGCACAUCUCCGAAGUUGCCUCAUGUACUUGAAUUUUCUCCACGCAGUCUCUGGCGUUCAGGCCUCGGACGCACCGCAAAGCCCCUCGGAUAUUCCGAGCCGUGGCGUUCCCGGCCAGGUCCGAGCACUUGCGCUCCUCCGCAGCCGAUACGACGCACCAGGACACUUGGAAAAACACGCACACAAA